AUGGGGGAGGAGCAGGCUGUGGGCGGCUCCUUACUGUCACUGGGGGGCUUGCGAGCUGCUGCCCCUCUCCCUCCAUUCAUGCACCUGCCCUGGGGCUGCCUGGAUUCCCAGGGGCCUGUGGUUGCCCCCACCACCACGAAGCCCUCCAAGAUUUAUCCCCCUCAUCCAUUCCACGUCCAUCGGGAUCCCAACGGAUCCCAGGCCGGGGUCCAGACAGGCGGACGGCAGUUCCAGGCCUCGGGGUCCACUCAACGGUCGAUGGGGCUCCCGCGAGCACCGGAGGACUCGGGCUGUGAUGUAGGGGUGCACGGCCGCCAACCCUCAGGCCUCAAAAACGAGUGCGCUCAGGCCCUACCGCAGCAAGAUGCUGCCACCACCCCCCAUUUUCUCGUCCCAUGGGCCGGGGACCACAGGUGUGAGGGCAGGAGCCUGCGCAGCUCUCAGGACUCGCCCCCGAGUACCCACCUAGAGUUGCCCCCUCAGACCAACCCCCAGAAGCCGCGGACCAAGGCCCCACCCCCCCAAGACCCGCCCCUUCAGGCCCACCCACCCGUCACCUGCCCCUCAGACCCUCCCCCUACAGCCUGUCCAUCAGGCCUCCGGGGAGCCCGUCCCCCAAACCCAACCCCCAUAGAUCCGCCCCCUAAAUCUGUUCUCAAAGAGCCCCGCUCCCCUCGGGGCCGCCCCCGGGCCCCGCCCUCAGAGCCCGCCCCCGCCACAGAGCCCCGCCCCCUUAGGGCCCUCCCCUCAAGCCCGCCCACCUAG